AUGGAAAAAGCUGUCUUCACUACAUCGCGGCGAGGCAAGCGUCUGCUAACAUACAACGGCUACACUUACUACGCCAAGGCCGCAUUAUCCACAUACAACCACCAGGUGCGGUGGUGCUGCUCGACGCACGGAUCCAUCGGGUGUAGGGCUACUCUUUACACUUUGCAUAAUACAGUGAUACAUGAGAAACGUGGACAUAAUCAUCCACCGCAUGAAGCGGAAUUCGUGACCUCGCGUCAAGGCAACCGUGUUCUCAGGCUCAACGGAUACAGCUUUUACUCAGAUGGCACGAAAAUUCAUAACACACACACCCGUCCCGUAUUUCAAACAACAUCGCGCGGCGGCCGAAUGAUCGUCAUGGGCGGCUACAAAUUCUUCAGACAAGUGACUUACGGCCCGAAGACCCGCUGGUUCUGCUCCGGCCAAGGUCGCGGAUGCAAGGCGGUUAUCUUCACCGUUGAUGACGAAAUCAUCGACAGCAAAAAUGAGCAUAACCAUUAUCCGCCCACUAAGAUUUAA